UCUCUCACUAGAUUAUUUCUUCUCUUUUUCACCUUUCUCCUUCAAUUCAACCACUUUCUCUCUGCAACUCUACUUGUCUUCGAGAAGACGAAACUCUCUCCUCGUGAAUCAAAAGCGUCAAAGCAUCCAAAAAAAAGAAAAGAUAAAUAAAUAAAGAAAAUGUUCUUCACUUUUGUUUCCAUGUGAAAAUCCUGACACAUUCUAUUCCUCUUCCUUAACCUUUCUUCCUCCUUCACUCCACAUUUUACCAUUUUCUUCUAACUAACUCGGCGAGUUGACUCAAUGGCUUCGUCUUCACGAGCACCGAGCAACUCACCGUUCUCUCACCGGAAACCUUCCACUCCUUACUCUUCCGCUUCUUCCUUCACCGCCGGAAAGUUAAUGCCGCGUUCCUGCUCUACUUCGGCGUCUUCGUUUUUCAACUCCGGUGGUGGCGCUGACCGAUCCAUGUUGACUCCGAGUCGUAGUCAAAGCGAGUCAAACUAUUUCGAUGUGCACAGUUAUGGUUCUCCGGUGGAGGAGGUGGAUUCUUCCACUCCGAGGGAUAGUAUUUCGGUGACGAUUCGGUUUAGACCGUUGAGUGAAAGAGAGUAUCAUAGAGGAGACGAAAUUGCGUGGUAUGCUGAUGGUGAUAAGAUUGUGAGGAAUGAGUUUAAUCCAGCUACUGCUUAUGCUUUUGAUAAAGUAUUUGGACCGCAUACAAAUUCGGAUGAGGUGUAUGAAGUAGCAGCAAAACCUGUCGUGAAGGCAGCCAUGGAAGGGGUUAAUGGAACAGUGUUUGCCUAUGGUGUAACGAGUAGUGGAAAGACACAUACGAUGCAUGGAGAUCAAAACUCUCCUGGUAUCAUACCACUAGCUAUAAAAGAUGUUUUCAGCAGUAUCCAAGAUACUCCAGGAAGAGAGUUCUUACUUCGAGUGUCAUAUCUAGAAAUAUACAAUGAGGUGAUAAAUGACUUGCUUGACCCAACUGGCCAAAAUUUGCGUGUUAGAGAAGAUGCGCAGGGUACUUAUGUGGAGGGUAUAAAGGAAGAAGUUGUUUUGUCUCCUGGACAUGCUCUCUCCUUUAUUGCUGCUGGAGAAGAGCAUCGUCAUGUCGGAUCAAACAAUUUUAACCUCUUCAGCAGUCGAAGCCACACAAUUUUUACACUUAUGAUUGAAAGCAGCGCACAUGGUGAAGAAUAUGAUGGAGUUAUAUUCUCUCAGCUUAAUUUGAUUGAUCUGGCUGGAUCUGAAAGCUCGAAAACCGAAACAACUGGAUUAAGAAGAAAAGAAGGAUCAUAUAUAAACAAAAGUCUUUUGACACUUGGAACUGUCAUUGGAAAACUGAGUGAGGGGAAAUCAUCUCAUGUUCCGUAUCGAGAUUCAAAGCUUACCCGCCUCCUGCAAUCUUCACUUAGUGGUCAUGGUCAUGUUUCACUUAUAUGCACUGUGACUCCAGCAUCCAGUAAUAUGGAAGAAACUCACAAUACCUUGAAGUUUGCAAGCAGGGCAAAGCGAGUAGAAAUAUAUGCUUCACGUAACAAGAUUAUUGAUGAAAAAUCUCUUAUUAAGAAAUACCAGAGAGAAAUUUCAGUUCUCAAACUUGAACUUGAUCAGCUGAAGAAGGGGAUGCAAUUUGGUGUGAACCAUGAGGAAAUUUUGACCUUAAAGCAAAAGUUAGAGGAAGGUCAAGUUAAAAUGCAGUCAAGAUUGGAAGAAGAGGAAGAAGAGAAGGUUGCUCUUGCGAGUAGGAUCCAGAAGCUAACCAAGCUCAUUCUGGUUUCAUCAAAGAAUGCAAAUCCUGGAUAUCUAGCUGAUGCUCCUGGCCACCAGCAAAGUCUCUCUACUGGCGAGGAUGAUAAGUAUGAUGCCCUACAAGAUGGCUCUCUUUUGUUUGAAAGUGAGAGCCAAAAAGAUGUUUCCACAGUGGCUUCUGAUCUGUCUCAUGAUGUUAGACAUAGAAGAACGUCAAGUAAACGGAACGAAGAGCUCUCCACAUCUAACAGUAUUAUAACUGAAUCAACACAAGCUGGUGAACUGAUCAGCAGAACAAGGAUACCAGCAGGUGGGGUGACGAUGUCUGAUCAGAUGGAUCUCCUUGUUGAGCAAGUCAAAAUGCUUGCUGGAGACAUUGCGUUCAGUACUAGCACUCUAAAGCGCCUGACGGAGCAGUCUGUAAAUGAUCCUGAAAGUUCCAGAACUCAGAUCGAGAACUUGGAACAAGAAAUCCAAGAAAAAAGGAAUCAAUUGAGGGGUUUAGAACAAAGAAUAAUUGAGAGUGGUCAAACAUCAGUAGCUAAUCCUUCCCUAGUUGAAAUGCAGCAGACGGUCACAAGGUUGAUGACUCAGUGUAAUGAAAAGGCAUUUGAGCUGGAGAUAAAAUCUGCGGACAACCGUGUCCUUCAAGAACAAUUAAAUAGCAAGUGCUCUGAAAACAGAGAAUUGCAAGAAAAGGUAAAGUUGCUAGAGCAGCAACUAGCAACCGAUACUGGUGGAACCUCGCUACUGCUGGCUGAUGAGUGUGCGUCUGGAGAGCACAUUGAUGAGUUGAAAAGGAAAAUACAGUCCCAGGAGAUUGAAAAUGAAAAACUGAAACUAGAACAAGUACAAUUGUCUGAAGAGAAUAGUGGAUUGCAUGUACAGAAUCAGAAACUUUCUGAAGAAGCUUCUUAUGCCAAAGAACUGGCCUCUGCUGCUGCUGUGGAAUUGAAAAACUUGGCUGGGGAGGUGACAAAACUUUCAUUGCAGAAUGCAAAGUUGGAAAAAGAACUAAUGGCUGCUCGAAACCUGGCCAAUACUCGAAGUGCUGUCACACAUACAGUUAAUGGUGUUCACCGCAAGUACAAUGAUCCAAGAUCUGGAAGGAAGGCUAGAGUUUCUAGCCGUGCAAAUGAAAAUGUGGGACCUGGUAGAGAUGAGUUGGAGUCAUGGAGUCUUGAAGUUGAUGAUCUGAAGAUGGAACUUCAGGCUAGAAAGCAACGAGAGGCAGCUCUUGAGGCUGCAUUGGCCGAAAAGGAAAUUAUGGAAGAGGAGCACAGGAACAGGGUUGAAGAGGCCAAGAAAAGAGAAUCCUCGUUGGAGAACGAUUUAGCAAAUAUGUGGGUCCUCGUUGCAAAGUUAAAGAAAGAAGUAGGUGUUGUCGCAGAAUCAAACAUUGACAAAAUAUCUGGUGAUGGGGAAGCACAUACAAAUGAUCCGAAAACUAAUGACAGUGAAAGUAAUAUUAUCUCUAAGGAGCAAACUUUGGAUGUAUCAGAACCAAACAACGAAACUCCCAAGGAAGAACCUUUGGUUGUUCGUCUCAAGGCAAGAAUGCAAGACAUGAAGGAAAAAGAACUCAAGCAUCUUGGUAAUGGAGACGCCAAUUCACAUGUUUGUAAAGUGUGCUUUGAAUCUUCAACUGCAGCAAUUCUUCUUCCAUGCCGUCAUUUUUGUUUGUGUAAAUCUUGUUCACUGGCGUGCUCUGAAUGUCCAAUAUGCCGAACAAAUAUAGCAGAUAGGCUUUUUGCUUUUACAUCUUGAGCCUUUUAACUAAGCGCUCUACUUCACUGAGUGCAGUCAAGGGUGCAAUUCUUUCAUUAGUUUGCUUGUAUGUAAACAUCUAAAAGGUAAACUGAUAACAUAUUCUUUCUUUCACUGGAAACUGUAUAUAAUAAGGGGAGACAAAAGGCUGGAAAAAAAAAAGAAUGUAAAAAGGAAAAGGAAAGGGUGUAAACAGCACUGCUGAAGUAAAUAUGCACAAUGUGUGUUGUUUUAAUAUUAUACAGCAGAUUUUCCCAGAUUUUUGGUGUA